GGCUCCUGCAGGGCUAACACAGAACACCAGAAGAGCCCCACUGGAUCAGGCCACAUCCAUCACCCUGUGCGCCAGAAGCCUCUAGGAAGCUCACAAGCAGAACAUGAGGGGAGCAGCCUUCUCUCACUCACAACCCACAGCAACUAGCAUGAAGGGAUAGACUUCCUCUGAACCUGGAGGUUCCAUCUUUCUACCAGGCCUUAGAUAUUCUCCAUGAAUUUGUCUAGCCUAAGACAAGCUCCCUCAUGCUGCCUCUUCCAGCAACAUUGGAGAAAGCCAUUGUACUGUGUGCAGCCUUCACAUUCUGGUCCCGAGCUUCUGUGGGGGUGUAGAAACUUGGAAAUUAAAAGUCCACAUUUUGUACUUGGAAGUUACCAGAGGUAAAGGGAGGUGGUUGCUUUCAGUUUGCAGUCGUGUGCGCUCCAUAACCCUCAGCAUUUGGUCCCAAAUUCACAGAACCAGUCACUGGGCAUUGGGAAAGGUGGUGCUUGGUUUAGAACUGGGUUGUGGAGCCUGAGACCCGCUGUGUGUGGACAGGCCACAUUUCCCGCCAUCUCUGCCUGUGGCUCAUGUGGGGAGCCUGAGAGCAUUUGGAAGGCCACAGGUGGCAUAGCCCUGGUUGUCAAGGUCCGUAACUCAGGCAAUCAAUCUUGGAAUUACAGAAGUGUGGCAAUUAGGGUCUCAACUGGGCCAAACACCAUCGAACCCAUAAAAACCUGUUGCCUCUUCUCUAGGAAACAAGCACUACAGAGCAGAACACAGCAUGAUUUGGCUAUUGAUUUGUUUAAAGAACGUUCAUCUCUAUCUUCCAGCAGAAAAAGUUUCACACAGCAGCUUGUGAAUCACACACAAAAGCCACAUUCUCUCAACAGGCAAACUGCUGACCAUUUCAGAGUAAGCCACCAGUGCGGCACUGCCCUGAGAGCAAGAGAUACGGGGGCUGGCCCAGGAGUGAGAUCCCUCCCACCCCCCACAUCUGUCGCAUCAUCUAUUUGCAUAAAUAAGACAGGAAGUGGCAUCAAAAGAGCUUGUGAAAUAAAUUCCUGUAAGUCCUACAGAAGCUGCCUCCCUGAAAAACAGUGGCUGUGGAAAUGCAAGAGCGGAGGGGGAUGACACAUCGUUACUGGGGAACAAUGUCUUCCUCCUUGUCUAUUAAACAAUCAGGCCUGGUGAGUUUACCAAUCACAAUGUGUACUAGGGCUGGGUGAUACCAGCUUUUCAAUGUUGUGGUAUAUCGCCAGCCAAACAUCACGGUCUGGUGAGACACCACAAUGUUGAAAAAACAAGCUGCAUGGGCCUCAGCCUGCCAGGCGCUGGGUGAAAUUGCUGCACCUCUCACCGCAGGAGCUGAGGCGGCUUCACCCCAUGCCUAGCGAGCUGGGACAAGGCAGCUUGUUUGUACAGCUCAGCUGGGGUGCGGGAGGGCUCCCCAUUCCCUGCAGAGCCAUCCCUGGUGCUCUCCCCGCUUGCGCAGGAGCCAGGGCCGGGGAUCCCUUAGCUCAGUGAUGGCGAACCUUUUAGAGAUCAAGUGCCAAGACCGCAACACAAGACCCACUUGUUUAUUGCAAAGUGCCAACACAGCAAAUUAUCAUGGAAUUUACAGCAAAAUCUUGACCCCGCAGGUUAGGGAACCGAGGGGACAUUUUGUGGGGUGCUGUGAAAUGGUGAGUUUUGAUGAACAAACCUUGGAGGAGAAACCUUGUAAAGUUGACCUGAAUAGUGAAAUUGCCCAGGUGGGGCUUUAGCUUGGGAAGUAGGUGUGUGAUGCGUCAGCUGGAGUAGUCUCAGGGGAGGGUCAGAUGCCUCGUAAAGCCCAGAGUAUCUAACAGGCCUUCGUCCUGGGGACCGCAGUGGGGGUGGGAGCGGCUGCCCACUUUGCCAACCCCCAGCAAUGGCCCUGCUGGGGCGAUUGUGAAAGUGCCCACAGAGAGGGCGCCGAGUGCUCACCCUGGCACGUGGUUUGCCACCACUGCCUUAGCUGCUUGGCUGAGUGGAGUGGCAAGCACACACUCCUCAGCCGAGCGGCUUAAAGAUGCAGAGGAAGGAACAAGGUGUAUCGGCACAGCUUGCCAGCGCAGCUUUUUCCUCCUCCUGCGAGUGGGAUGGCGGUUUCACUGGGCAAUAUAUCGCUUGUGAAACUGCCACUGCUCCCUGAGUCCCUCUGCUAGCAGCGCCGCUGGAAGAAGUCUACCUAAGAUAAGGUAUACCCAAAGAGUACCUCCAUUAGAAUUGUCCGUUAGUCAUUAUGUCCAUUAAUUUCAGCAGGUUUCUGUGAGACAGGCUAACGUUGGGCACCACCCGAUGUGCUAAAAAUUUAGGUAUACCAAAGCAAUAUUGAAAUAUACUCAUCAAGACCAUGAAAGCAAGUAGCCAGUCAAAAGUAAUAAAUGAAUAGCAAAGAACCUACCCACAUGAUACUGACAUAAAAACCUUUCAUGAACUCCGUAUAAAAGAUCGAAAGUUCAAUAUCCCCCCUUCUCUCUCCCCAUCUCUCUUCUCCCAUCUCAUCUUGUCCGUAACAUUAGUGUCUCACAUCAAAUAUAAGUGAUCUGCAGAAAGGACUCUAUGCAUUGAAAGCAGAGACACUGUAUGUACUUUUGUUACCCAAGAAAAUCUUCAAUAAAAACAAUUUAAAACAACAAAAAGCAGACACAAGCAGCAAUCCAUGUGUGGAAGUUGCUUUUAUUAAGGUGGAAAGCUAUGUCCUCCUGCACAGUGAGUUCUGCGGGUGUCAAUUAGCAUCAAGUUUGCAGCAGCAAUCCUGCAACUUAACGGUUGCCUAUGAAACCCGGCCAAGAGAGGCUCUCCCUGGUCCAACAGAAGUCCUCUCUGCCCAGAAGUGGGGCUUCAGCUCCUGCCGUGCCCGAUUAAAUGCCUUUGCCAAGCUGCCUCCCUUCAGGCGUUUUAGUUUAGAGAAGAGGCAAGUAAGAGGUGAUGUGGAAAAAGUUUAUAAAAUGCUGCCUGGCACAGAGGAAGCAGAGAGAGAAGAGUUUUUCUCCCUCUCUCACGGCACUAGAACUCUCUGGAGCAUCCGAUGAAGCUGAACGUUGAAAGAUUUGGGACACAUAAAAGGAAGUCCUCCUUCAUGCGGCACAAAGGGAAACUAUGGAGCUCCCCCAGGAGGCAGAGAUGACCACCAAUGUCUUUAAAGAAAGGUUUGGCGAAUUCAUGGUGGAGGAGAGGGCUAUCGAUGGCUACUAGCCAGGAUGGCUUUUCUCUGCCUCCGCAGUUGAGGCAGCCAGGCUUCUGAAUCCCAGUUGCUGAAGCAGCAGCAGAAGACAGUUGCUUUUGUGCUGCUUGCAACUUUCCCACAGGGAAUCAGGCAUCAGGUUGGUCACUGUGAGAACAGGAUCCUGGAGUGGAUGGUCCACUGGCCUGAUCCAGCAGGCGCUUACAUUCUGGUAUUCUAAUAAGAGGACUGGGCCUUGCUCCGCUUCAGGCCCUCAUGUGGACAUAAUCCUGGUCUGCCACGAACCACUGCAGCACCCUGGCCAGUCGAGCAAAAGACGGCGUAUAGGGAGCUCCUUGGGUGAGACUUGUUGCACAAGUGUAGGGAGUUUCAUGACAGCAUUUCAUGCAACACUACAGAAAGCCCUCAUGCUUGAAGACAGAGGGCUGUAUCCAAUGUUAAGCCUCCUCUGAACAGACCUGUUGAAACAAAAGGGCAUAAAUAACUUCAGUCUGUUCAUUUGAGUGGGCCUACUCUGAGGAAAAGUUAGUUGGAAACACCCUCCAAUAUAUAUAUAUAAAUGUCACAGCUUCCACCAGAGUUUCCAACUUUUCCAGAUUUCUUACUUUGUAUUGCAGGAGAUAAACUGUCUUUUUGGAGCAGAUAUUAUGUCAGCUGGAUCAAUUUCACCUGGCUGCACAUGACACCAGCCCCCCUGGGAAGACCUGCCUUGGCUUGCCACAAAGUAAACUCUCAUUGGGCUGCCUGGUCCCUGUUGGGAUACUGCCGGGACGAUCUCGGUCUCCCGUGGAACAGCACCAGCACCAGUCAGCGACACGAGCCUCAGAUACGUUCCACAACCCGUGCACGCUCUGUCAUCAGAGUGUGUAAAACACCUCACAGUAGAAAAGGCGCAGAGAGAGAUGUGCAAGCAAAACGUACAACAUUUUAUUCAGCAUAGCUCAGGAACAUAAGAAAACAUGUCUGCUUGCCUCCGUGUCCAGCAAAGCAGCAGUAACACAAAAGCAACAUACAAGGGAAGUUCCCAGCAGACUGUGCUGGACGUAAACAGGCAUGUGAUACACAACAGUCAUGCCUGACCCUUUUAAGGUGGAAGGGAACUGUAUCCUAACAGCCCUAGUAGAUUUCCCUUUGAAGUUGGAAAUGAGCGGAAGGGACAUCACUUGGUGGUGGAACAAUCACAGGCCAAUUUUUAUAUUAAAACAAAUAAGUAAAUGUAAAUGAGUCCUGAAUUGUGUCCUUCCUCCCUUUCUCUUGAGGAGGCAAACGCAGAAGGUCCUUAAAGAAAAGCCCAGCAUCCGGAGGCCUGGUCUUCUUCAGGUCCCCAGGCAGAGCAAAUGUAGGGCCCAUAGCCCCACCUCCCGCUGUUGCACACUGCCCCCCCCCCGCCCCGCCAAAGAAGAGGAAGCGGCAUCAUGUGUGUUCUCCAAAACCACCACAACUCUUCCGAUUUCACCUCUCUUUCUCGUACUGCCUCACGGAAGGUUUCCUGUUUUGCCCCGCAGCAGGUAAAAUGGCUCCCUUCUGGCUCUCCCUCUGGAUGGUUCUCUGGAGUCUCCUCACAGCUGGCAGUUUCAGGCUCCCAACCUUAAGACUCCGUAUCCAAGAUGGCGCUGCUGUUGAGGAUGUGGAGUCAUACAACCUCCCUGCCAACGCAGGCUCUCAGUUCGCUUCCCCAGGACAGUGGGUGUGGAAGAGAGCAGGAGAUGAUGGCCAGGAAUCCCCUCAGUUACCUUGCGGAAAGAAGGAUGGUAGCUGUAAGAACCCUCCUGCGGCCACCGCAGAAGAAGCCAGGAAAAGUCUCCCAGUCGCAGAGGCUGCAGCAGAGAGUCACACAUCUCUUGGGGACAAUUACAAUGGUGCCACUGCUGAAGUGCCUACUAAUGCCACAACAACUCUAGAUACCUUUGGGAAAGUAUCCACAGAAGUUGGCACCACCAAAGAAGUAAUCCAUUUAAGUACCACAAAGAGCUCUCGUGCUCCAGUGCCCCGUGUCCGCCGUCUUGCUCCCACAGUGGGCAAAACUGUAUCACAAUCUAUGCCUACUGAGACAGAAAAGGUUGCUACUGCCCUCCAAGAAACAAUGAUGGUUUUAGGGGUCCCUGAGAAACUGUUGGUUGGAGGAACAAGCUCUCAGUCCAUGGUGGGCAGUUCAGAUGUUUCCACAGCGAAGUUGAGGAAAGCCGUUGGCACAACCAGGCCUUCCUUCAUAGCAAAGGGAAAGGUGAAAUUUCCUCACUCGACUGAGAAGCCAAGCCCCACCACCGAUUGGCCAUUGUUGGAUGAUGUGACAAGUUCUCAGUCCAUGGUGGCCAGUUCAGAAGUUUCCACAGCGAAGUUGAGGCAAGCCGUUGGCACAACCAGGCCUUCCUUCAUAGCAAAGGGAAAGGUGAAAUUUCCUCACUCGACUGAGAAGCCAAGCCCCACCACCGAUUGGCCAUUGUUGGAUGAUGUGACAAGUUCUCAGUCCAUGGUGGGCAGUUCAGAUGUUUCCACAGCAAAGUUGAGGAAAGCCGUUGGCACAACCAGGCCUUCCUUCAUAGCAAAGGGAAAGGUGAAAUUUCCUCACUCGACUGAGAAGCCAAGCCCUACCACCGAUUGGCCAUUGUUAGAUGAUGUGACAAGUUCUCAGUCCAUGGUGGCCAGUUCAGAUGUUUCCACAGCGAAGUUGAGGCAAGCCAUUGGCACAACCAGGCCUUCCUUCAUAGCAAAGGUUACUAUCUCAACCACCAUCACCACCACCAAGGAGAAGCCCCGCUCAGUGACAUCUCUCAGUGGCACCACCAUCUUGGUAGGGAAGUGUUUACUGUGGAUCUUCAUCCUGGCCCUCAUUGCUGGCAUUUUCAUAGUGGCCACUGGUGUCCUCGCGACCAUGCUCUGGCGCCAGAAACGGGCCUACAAAAUGAAUGAUCGCAACCACACAGAGAUGGUGUGCAUCUCAUCCCUGCUAGCUGCUGAAGAAGCAGAAGAGGCCGGAGGGAGGCACCCCAGGGUGAAAAGGGUAAAGAUGCUUGGGGAGAAUGGAUCAGAGGUGGAUAUGGACAACUUGACUCUGAACAGCUUCUUGCCGGAGCAUUAAUAUGGUUCUCUGGUUCUUUCUAGAAACUCCUCACGUUCACCAGAGUUGUGUUUUACAAUGCGAAGCACUUUCAUGCCAGAUCUACUCCAUCCAGAACUAUCUUUAAAAUAUAUGUUCUGCUACACUCACGACACAUCUCUCAGUGGUGAGCAGUUCAACAGGUGAAGCACUUGGCAAAGUCUAGUUUCCUUUGAAGGAGACCACUGUCCGAAAUUUCCCUGACACAUCAGGGAUUCGUCCGUAGAAAGUAGCGGAAUUUUAAAAAAUUGGUUGGCAACCCAUCUGGGAAGUGGGGUUGGCAAUAAAAAGAAGAUGCUCAUUUUCACUUUUUGUAACAUGGCAGCCCUAAUUUACAACGAUGUGGUGGCACGGAUUUUGCACUCACACAGAAAACCAAGACCCCUCCUCUCACAGCAGAUCUCCAGGGAGACUGCCAGUCGCCUAGCAGAGCCCAAAACGUGACUUUUUAUUUCUCUGACUCAAAACUGCCAGUUACAUUUAAACAGGUGAGGAAAGUUCUGUCCCCCUCCUCUAAUUUACAUUUUUCUCUUCAGAAGAUGAUCCUGUAUCCAGAAACAACAGGGCCAGCCCCAGACAUUAUCUUGCCUGAGAGAAAGGAGCCGCUGCCAACCUCCUUAUUCCCCAAACACCAGGAGGAGGAGCAGAGAAUUUAAUCUUAGUCUCACCUGGGCAAGGAGGCCACAUCCUCUGCCACACCUGAAAGGAGCUAGUUGGGGCAGGAGGGCAGGCUGUGGGGCACACUGUGUCCCCACCAACAUCUCUCACUGCCUGAGGCUGCUGCUUCUUCACCUGGCCAAAGAAGCCAUGAACCAAUUAUUGACUUCCCCCGGCAACCCACCACUUGCAGUCUACCUAAGGAAAGGAUGUGCCAGGCAGGAUAAGGCUUCUGCCCCCCCCCCCGCCACCUGUCUCAGUCAUCCACUUUGAUGAACAAGUGCUAUUUUCUUUUGUUUCAGGUUUGCUAGUCAUAGGGCGGGGGGGGGGUAAAGGAUGCUGGGCUCCCACUGCAAUGGCUGACCAUUUGAUUCAGUCACCCAUCUGAUAUAGGAAGAUUUCUGCAGACAUUUACCCCACCCCCAACUUUCAUGUCCACAUUUUUUAAACCAUACUGCUACAAACACACAAUUUGUUUUUUACUAAACCAAAAAUGUUAGGAUUAUCAACAAGCACAAAUAAUGUGGGAUUGCAGACAAGGAAAUAAACAGUGCAAAUACUGUUUGCGCUUGGAAAAGAUUUGAAGCAGUUUCCAAUCAGCGCAUGUCCCGCAGGAGCAAUCCUGUAAGUUUUCAUUUAACAAAAGUGUGUCUUCUGCAAACCUCUCUGACUGCUGUAUGGCAUUCUUAGGGACAGUCUAAUCCUGGGGCACCCAAGCCAAGCACCCAUUACGCACAGCUGAAAUCAGAUGUUUUUCCCCCUGGGGAGGGCUGCUCCCUCCAUGUGAUUCACCCACCGCAGGCUGAAAUGUGAGUGAGCUCUAUCUCUGCCGAUAAACAGCGGCAUGCCAAAGGAUUGUGCUAAGAAGCACUAUUUUGCAGAGAGGGGAUCGAGCAGAGAGAAUUUGCCAGCCAUGCCAGACUAUGGAUUUUGCCCUCCCUCCUGCCCUUACUGGUGAGAAGGAGCCACGACCCCCUUGGCUCCCCACAGAUGGACUACUUUGAUCUUGUGAAGUUUCAGCUGUAAAUCUGGGAGUGAAGAAGGCAAAGAUAGUGUCACAUUAAUGAAAUCUAGAGAAAGCUAAGUCAGUUUAUUUCCUGUGGUGUUUUUGGUGUGUUUACAACCUAGUAUUUCUUUGGACUUCUUGAAUGAAUUUUGAAUGUGUUUGGGGUCUGGAUGUGGGUCCUAAAGAUAAUGUGUAUUUCAAAUGAUGAAAUAUAUUGAAAUACAGAAGUGGCUCUAAGUUCAUGCAUAAGGCAUUUUGGUUUUUUGGCAUUCUCAAUAUUGGGGGUUCCUUUCCUUUCUAAGUUCACAUUUCCUGAGGCAUGCUUUAGAAAUGCCUGCAGAUGAGAGAUCCAAAAUUAGAAAAUACAUCCUUUAAUAAAAUGCAGUCAGGAUGCA